GAUUGGCUCUCGGCAUCAAUAGCGGAAGCACUGCCGUUUGAGUCGCUCUGACACGCAUUCAUCGACCAGCCUUUCAUAUUUUUGCCCUCUGUCCCACCGGUGCUGGGACCAGUGUAUGUUCGGCCGUGUGUCCGGGUUCGUGUCUGAGAGGGUGCCUCGUUUGCUUAACCAGGUGUCGCUGAUGAUGAAACCGCAGGUGGUGUUUGUGUUGGGAGGCCCUGGCGCCGGUAAAGGGACCCAGUGCUCCAAAAUAGUGGAGAACUUCGCCUACACCCACCUAUCAGCGGGAGACUUGCUGAGGGCAGAGAGAGCCAGGGAGGGCUCAGAGUGUGGGCAGCUUAUUGCAAACUACAUCAAGGAGGGAAAGAUUGUUCCUGUGGAGAUUACUAUCAACCUUUUAAAGCAGGCAAUGGAAGAGACCAUGAAGAAAGAUGAGAAGAAGUUCAGAUUCCUCAUAGAUGGUUUUCCACGUAACGAGGACAACCUUCAGGGAUGGAAUUCCGUGAUGGACGGAAAAGCCGAUGUCAAAUUCGUGCUUUUCUUUGACUGUAGCAAUGAGGUUUGCAUUGACCGGUGUUUAGAACGAGGCAAGAGCAGUGGACGCACAGAUGACAACAGAGAAAGUUUGCAGAAAAGAAUCCAGACCUAUUUGCAGUCCACACGACCCAUCAUCGAUCUAUAUGAAACACAGGGAAAGGUGCGCACAGUGGACGCCUCUCGCUCUGUUGACGAGGUGUUUGCCGAUGUGAAAUCCAUCUUGGAUAAAGAGGGUUGACCUUACUGUCUCUACACAUUACUUUUAAAUUUUAAUUUUAUCUUCUACAUUGCUUCCAUAAGUUUCUGUCAUUUCAAACUUUUUACAUUGUUUUUUGUUUGUUUUUCAUUUUUUUGUAAAUUCUGCCCAUGGGUCAUGAGUAUGUGUAUCUAUUCAUAAGUGUGAUUAGAACUGCCAUAAUUGUUACCAAUAUUUACAUUUUACACUUAGUGUAGGGCUUUUCUAAGGGACAAAUAAGCACUAAACCAGAAAGGUUAAGUUGGAUUCAUGAAGAAGUUUUCAGCCUGCACUCUUGGUAUGCAAAAUAAUAAUGAAUAAACAAAAUAUAUAAAAUAAAA